AUGAGCACAACGCAGCAAGAUGCUGCAGCGGCGAACGCCAACCCAAGUGGCACCAUAAAAACCAGUGUUUCCAUCUAUUUCUCCAUAUUAGUAGCGGGAGUGCUGCUUUUUGAAUGUCUUCGUACACGUUUCCGUCAUGUUUAUGACAGUCGGCGUCAAGAGGAACACGUUUUUAACGUGUCUACUUUAAAUCCGCCUCGUGAUCGACCCUUUAGCUGGAUUCUCACGGGUUUUCAAGUGUCGGAUGAUGAAAUAUUGCAUAAAUGUGGACUGGACACGUUGACAUUCAUUCGGUUCUUGAGGCUAGGCCAGAAGUUGGCACUACUGGCUGUAGGCUGCUCGGCAGUACUAUUCCCAUUGUACGCAACGGCUUCAGUCACUACAUCGACGGACCAAAGUUCAAGUGACCCACUAACACGGAUUUCUAUGAGUAAUUUACCUGAACGGAGUGGUAGACUGUGGGCACCGACAGUCGUUGCAUUCGUCAUAGCGAUAUUCGCGAUGCGAUUGUUAGCCAAGGAGUACAAAUUAUACGUACGUUACCGCCAUCGAGUGCUGAGCAAGAUGGAGGCGCCUCAGUACUCAGUGCUUAUGACUGACCUGCCACUGCAUUUGCGGACGCGUCAAACGCUGGAAAAGUAUAUGUCCACGAUUUUUCCUUCGUCGAUUCGAAAUGUGUACGUGGCGCUGGAAUGUGCUACAUUGGAAAAACUUGUUGGGCAACGGGAAAAAGUACGUGGGGCUCUGGAACAUGCACUGGUGAAGUGUGAGGUCUCCCGCAAAAGACCACGACAUCGUGAAGGAAGGUCGUGGACGGGAAUGCUCAUGUGUAAACCUGGCAGUCGAGGGUACGAGGUGGAUAGCAUCGAUUAUUUCCAGGACCAACUGGCAACACUGAAUGAAAAAGUCGCGCGAGAGAUUUGCAGUAUUGAAGACGCUCAGUCAAAGCUUGCUAUUCAAAUAGAGGAGCACGAACGAGAUAUGGGUAGUUUUGAUGAUGAGGACGAAUUGGAAUUGUUGCAAACUGAAGCAGGGCGGAGAGAGACGAACACGAAAUCAACUCAAGACGUAGAUCCAAAGAAAGCACCACUGUUGUCUCGUCGCGGUCGCGCGGAGCAGCUGCGGAAUAGCUUUGGAAACAAUGAUGACGACGACAUUGACGACAAGAAAGCACGCCGGCAAGAGCAAGAAAUGAAUCAAGAAGAGCGUGAGCAGAUCCGCAAGGAGCGCCCAAUUAGGGCGAUGAGACGAGCCGCAUUUGUUUCGUUUACAUCGCUCAUGUCGACGCAGGUUGCACAACAGACCCUGCAGUCGGAGGAUCUUGCUUGCAUGGCUGUUAUGCCAGCGCCUCAUGAAGACGACAUCAAUUGGGGCAACAUAGGGCUCCAAUACCGCACUCGUGCCUUCGGUAUGCUUAUAUCAUCCUUAAUUUCUGCGGUGAUUGUGCUUUUUUGGACAAUUCCGACUGCAUUUGUGGCGUCUCUAGCCACUGUUGAAUCUCUUCGUCGAGCGCUGCCUUUUUUAAACACAGCUUUUGACGAGUAUCCGCUUCUUCAAGAUAUAUUCAAGCAAAUUGCCCCGCUGGCUCUUGUAGCGCUGAGUGGUUUGGCGCCGAUCGUGUUCAAUUUCCUAUCGGGGCGAGAAGGCCACCCGUCCAAAACUGAGGUUCGGGCAGCGUUAUUCACAAAGUUGGGAUACUUUCAGCUUGUUCAGAUCUUCUUUGUCACUGUGAUUGUGGGUACGAUCUUGGACAGUCUCAAAGAGAUUUUGGACCAGCCGAAGAAAUUAGUGUCAAUGCUUGGGCGUAGCAUGCCUCAACAGUCGACAUUUUUCAUCUCGUACGUGAUCGUGCAAACGGGACUUGGUCUGGUUCUGGAAUUGUUACGUGUGGUUCCUUUGGUAAUGUCUGCUCUUUUUGCACUUUUGGCACCAAAGCACACACGGCGUGAACGUAACUCGGCGUGGUUUGGCUUGCGCAAUAUCGGACAGACAGAUCCUUUUGACCCAACCAAUACUUUGGCCGAUUGUUUUCUGGUGUUGUUAGUCACGCUCACGUUCGCACCAAUCGCGCCUUUGGUUUGCUAUUUUACCUGGUUCUUUUUCUUUGCGAGUGAAAUUGUCUACCGCCGACAAGUACUUCGCGUGUACAAACCAACGUGCUUUGCACUUGGAGCUUACUGGCCACGCAUGUUCAAGUUCUGCAUUAUUGCACUUGUUGUGGCGCAGCUGACACUUAUUGGAAUUCUGUCGCUCAAGCAGACAACCGUGCCUCCAAUUUUUGUAAUUGUGCUCAUCGUCAUCGUGUUGCUGUUUAACUACCACGUGAUCACACUUUAUCCACGUGCGGCCAAGUAUCUUCCACUAAUGGACUGCGUGCGCUUGGAUAGUGCACGAGGUCUUCAUGAGCCGACAACACCAAAGUUUUUCUUUUUGGACAACGUUUAUCGUCAGCCAGCAAUGAACCAGCGAGUGCCCAUUCGCGCCGACUAUCGUAUGCUAGUGAAUGACUACAACGAGGAAACAGCUUUGUCGUCGUCUGAGAUACAUUCUUUGGAAGACCAGCAGGUGGUUAUGAGUGCAGUGUAA